AUGCUGGAGCUCCAGCAUGCUCUUGUGGCAGAUGUCUCGGAGUACCUGCGUGUGCCUCCGACAACAGAGAAGAUCUCAUCAGCAUUGCACGGGAUCGUCACGAUCAGAGAAGAGCAAGGGCAUCAGUCAAUCGACUUUUUCCACAGCGCUGUCAAAGACUACUUUUGGCAUGAGAGAAGCGAUAGAGCCCCCAAGAUCCACGACAAUAUUGUCAGUUAUUGUCUGAGGCAGUUAUCAAGGGUAGCUUCCGGUGACGGGUUCUGCAAGUCGGACGAAGAUUUCGAGGAGAGGAUAAGCCACAAUCCCUUCUUCCUCUACGCUGCUUGCCACUGGGGGUUUCACACCCAGGCAUGCUCGGAACCUGUUGCAGCCACCAUGAGGUUUCUAGACAACCGCACUAAUGUUGAGAUGUCGAGCCAGGCAAUUUUCAUUGAUCAAUCUUCAUCUAGGACACCCGGAUACACGCAACGGGUCCCUCAGAAAGUCACGGGACUUCAUCUAGCAGCUUACUUUGGGAUACGAACUGCUGCUGAAGAGCUCCUCAGCGAAGGGACUGCACCGUUGAGCUCCGUCGAUACACAAGGCCGGACGCCACUUUGGUGGGCUGCCCAUUACAGACAGGAUAAGGUAGUCAGACUGUUUUGUCGGAGUGAUACAACCACCCUCUCACUGCUUGUCGUGGCCGAAAAGAGGGAUCUGGUCAAAGUCUUGCUCGAUGGCAAGUACAACGUCAACAUCGCCGAUGCCUCGCUGGAUACCCCGUUACAUCACGCUGUACGCCGGGGCUUUGAAAAGAUAGUUAAGGAUCUCUUGUUCGCCGCUGCUAACGUCAACGUGCAAAACAUGGGGGGCGAAACACCACUUGCUAUAGCGCUCAAUAACCGCAAUAGCAACAUAAUCCGCCUUCUUAUCGGCAAGGGAGGGUACACUGAUUUCGUGAAUACGGCCAAGUUCCGCAAGGCGCUUGGGUGGCAGGACGACCAGACUCUGGAGAUCUUUCGAGAUGACAACACCACCGUUCUACGGCUGAAGCCAGAAGAUAGACGCCGAUUCGAGGAUUGGGGGCCGACAGAGAGAUUCUCAUUGCAACAACAGAUCCUCGGCGACAUCCCGUUUUCACCUCAGCUCCGUUGUUUGACAGACAACCUUCAGAUUGAGGAACUGAACCUCAAGAUCAUCUCACAAGAAGACAACAUGAGUCAUGUAACCUACUACAUCGAGGCGUUUAUGUGGAACUCUCCCAACAACGACGAGGCUCUACCUUGUGAACAGUUGGUGCUCUGUUGGGAUGUCUUUCUUGAUGAGAAAACCCAGCAAUGGCACACCAAGGCCCACUUCACCACCAUGCCACACAUUUGGCUUCCGGAUAACGGCGCGGUGUUUCUACGGCAUUUUCUCGUCCAUGUCAAACAUACCUGGCUUGCUUACUGCGAUGCCAAUCUCGUAGAUCUCCAUCUUCGCAAGAGGAUCAUUGAGUCCAAGGGAUCUGACCCGGAGCUCCUAGAUCACCUGCUUGAGAAUGGUCAAAGGUGGCUCAGCCAUCGUCACAACCUUUCCAAGGUCGCUUCCAAGAUUCGGAAUUUCGCGAGGAAGUACUGCCUUCAGCACAACGAGACCGGCGAUCUCGAAGAACUCACAGAAGCGAUAUACCAGCUCUCUGCUGCGGUCGGAAAGAAGCUUAGUGAGUUGGACGAGAACUCGAGAGAUCUCAUUCAGCUAGAAUGCAAUCUCGUCUCUAUCAAGGAAGCGCGGCAGUCAGUUCAUUCGUCGACAAGCAUGAAGCGACUUAGCUGGAUUACGGUAACAUCACCUUCCUCAUACACAGUUCCAACAGAUAGCUGA